UUAAGAGAGAGAGAGAGAGAGAGAGUAGAGAGGAGAGAGAGAGAGGGGGAAGUGAAGAAGGUAAUGGGACUGAAAAUCGGAGGGGAAGUGGAGAAGGUGAACGGAAAAGAGCUUAAUUACGCCGAUUUUGUCGAAAAUUACCUCUCUCGAAACCAGCCCGUAGUAUUAACCGGGCUCACAGACGAUUGGCGGGCCUGCAAAAACUGGGUUUCCGAUGACGGAAAACCUAAUCUCCGCUUCUUCUCCGCCCACUUUGGUGGCUCCAGAGUUCAGGUUGCAGAUUGUGCUACGAGGGAGUUUACGGAUCAAAAGAGAUUGGAGAUGUCGGUUUCCGAAUUCAUCGACCGGUGGCUAACAGAUUCCAGUUCUGAUAACGGAGAAUCUAAUGAACAAUCAUUGCUAUAUUUGAAGGACUGGCAUUUUUCUAAGGAGUACCCAGAUUACGUGGCCUACAACACGCCGAUUUUUUUUCUUGACGAUUGGCUUAAUCUCUAUCUCGAUAAGUACCAUAUGCAUAAUGAUCCCGAGAGUCAUCAAGAUCGAAACGAAAUUAGUUGCUCGGAUUAUCGUUUUGUGUAUAUGGGAGCAAAAGGUACAUGGACUCCUCUUCAUGCUGAUGUUUUCCGGUCAUUUAGCUGGUCAGCCAAUGUAUAUGGAAGGAAGAAAUGGUAUUUUCUGUCUCCAAGUCAACAUCACCUAGUAUACGACAGAUAUAUGAAGUCUUCUGUCUAUGACAUCUUCGGCGACGUUUGCAAAUCAAAGUACCCUGGAUUCGAGAAGGCGAUCUGGUUGGAGUGCACUCAGGAACCCAAUGAAAUCAUCUUUGUUCCCAGUGGAUGGUAUCAUCAAGUUCAUAAUCUGGAGGAUACAAUAUCAAUAAAUCACAACUGGUUCAAUGCCUACAACAUUUCUUGGGUGUGGGAUUUGCUUUUGAGAGAAUAUCACGAAGCUGUGGGAUAUAUUGAAGACAUCAGAGACAUAUGUGAUGAUUUUGAGGGGCUCUGCCAGAAAAAUCUUGCAGCUAACGCAGGCAUGGAUUUCCGAGAUUUCUUCACUUUCAUGACUCGAUUUGCCUUAGCAAACUUAGUCCUACUUCAUCAACUAACAACAGACGCGAGAAACAUGGACCGCAAUUCAUCUCAAAUGGCUCGGCUUUUGUUUUUCAACCUUGAAAACAUUCAACACGUUGCUUUGAAGAUGAAAUCCGAAUCUGCAUGGCAAAACCGUGGUAUUACUACCAUUAAUAUAACGGAAACCAUUGAGGACCGGUCAUUUGUGGAGUUCUGCAAUGCCAUGGGAACAACAUAUAGCACGAUGUACAACGAAAGUCAACAUAGUCAAACCCUUCAAAAACUCGAGCAACUAAAUAUUUUCGGUUCGCAUCAGCAUAUUCGUAUCCCUGACGACCUACUUGCAUUUGUGGAAUGUUCUUUGAAACUGGUCGGAAAAUGAAGAGCUUAGAUUAAACGGUGUUAAGAUCAAAUGUUUGACAACUAACAACGAGGGCUACAUUGAGACAAUUUUCAAGUACAUGGGGCCAAAUCGAUGCAAUCGAAAGUAGAUGGGUAAAGUGAUACCGAACCAAAGUUUAAGGGGAGAAAGUGGAAUUUACCCUUUAUAAAUGCUAGUGUAGAGAUAUGUUUUGCUGCAGAAAUUAAACACAAAUUUUAAAUCAUUAUCCACAGGUAUAUAUACCUUGUGGAUGCGCUUUAUAUGAAAAAAAAAAAAAU